CUCAGCACCGAGUUCGGAACUCUAGGACUUCUCUACGUCACACCAGAAGCGAGAGGCCAAGGGAUAUCGAAAGCCAUCUAUAGUCAACUGGCGAACAAAUUGUUCUCAGAAAAUUUACCGGCAGCCGUCACGGUCGUGCAUGACAAUGAAGUCUCCGUGAAGCUGCACGAGGGUUUAGGGUUCAGGGUCAAGUGUACCUUUGACAUACUGAAGUCUUUGCUGCCUCAUGAAUUGAACUUUUUAUAAAUGUUUUGAAUAUCUUGACAGUGUGUACGAUCAUAGUUGAUAUCAUACUCUGUACCCCCAUAAAUCCGUAAACAUUAAAUGCUAUUUAAGUCACAC